AUGGAGAUCGUCCCGUCUCCGAGCGGCCAAGGCGUCGAAAACGCGUCCGACGAGUCCCUGUUUUCCGACUGGUUGUCUUCCGACGGCGGCGACGGACUGCAGUCGCGGGACGUCCGCCACGCGGCCGCCGCCAGUGACCUUGAGCCGGCCGAGUUUGUCGCGGUGCCGUCGGUACCCCGGCAGGGCGAGAACGGUACCGUUGUCCCGGCGCACGCGAACGUUCCGCCGCCGUCGGACCACGACCGGUUUUCGCAUUGGACCGCGACGGCAACAGCUGCAGAGUCGGCCGUCGCCGGCAGCCGCGCGGGCCGAGCGAUGUCCACCGGAGACUGCGAGCAGAACUCUGACUAUCCGGACGUCGAAUCGUAUCACUACGUGUCAUCGAACAGCGACAACGGCGACGACGAAAACGACAACGACCGCAACGACGACGUGGACGACUGCGGGGCGUCCGGGCUGCGGUGUCUCACGAUCGACGGAGUCGCCGACGGUUGUGGCGUACCGGCCGGGCCAGCGGCGGCAGUGGACCGGAGUCCCGGCGUGGUAUCCCGGAGUCACACGGACAACCGGACGGGUGACUUCGAUUCGAAACCGUCGGUCAAAAUUCCCGGUUGGCAAGACGGGGGUGCCCGCGUCGCCGCUAUGAGACCGAACGCCGCCGGCACCGCGGCCGCAGUCGCAGCACCGCUUAAAGACGAGCCGUUCAGGCACCUUUGGACCGCAUCCAGUAACCUGCUAUCGGUAAAACCGCUGUCCACGUUCGACAAAAAACAGAAGGAAAAACGCAUCCAUGACGCGUACGUGUGCAAAAAGUCAAAACCGCCCGCGGCCAAGUCAUCGAAUCUCGCGGCGUCUCGCGGCGCCCGUUCGCCCCCCGGUCACAAAUCGUCGUCGUACCUCAAGCGGCAAGCGGAACGCGUCGAGAUCGCACGGAUCAACGACAUCAUGGCCAAGAGGUUAUUAAACGUCAAGCCCGCCGUGUCGUCGUUUCGCGGUUAA